UCUUACUGCAAAAAGAUUGAAAUAGAACGCGCCGAGAGAACUUUGGAAUUCCGUGAAGAUAAAUUGCUUGGUUCAUUAUCAAAAAUGCGGCAAGUGAAAGCUAAAUAGUUCGGAUAAUUUAGUCUUGUGAUUUGGGAAAGUCGAGCGUGCAAAUUCCCGUUCUUUCGAAAAAACUGUACAUCGCACCGAGUUCUAUUUUUGUACAUAAUUGUCGUGUGGCGAUUAUUACGCGAAUUUGCCAACCUAAAGUGUGAAAGUUGGUGAAAAUGCGGAGUCGCAGCAAUUCCGGUGUCCGUCUGGACUAUUACCAGCGGAUCGUUCACCGACUGAUAAUGGCCCAUCAAGAACCUGUGACUGGACUUUUUCCGGCCAGUCCCAAAAAUCACCAUGCGUGGAUUCGUGAUAAUGUUUAUUGUAUUUUGGCUGUGUGGGGCUUGUCGAUGGCGUACAAGAAAAUCGCUGAUCAGGACGAGGACCGGGCAAAAGCCUAUGAACUGGAGCAGAGCUGUGUGAAGUUGAUGCGCGGCUUGCUAAUGGCAAUGAUGCAGCAGAAGGAUAAGGUCGAGCGGUUCAAAACUACGCAAAGUCCACUGGAUUCGCUGCAUGCAAAAGUGUCGAGCAAGAACGGCCAAAUUGUGGUCGGAGACGAUGAGUGGGGACAUUUACAGAUUGACGCGACGUCACUUUACUUGCUGAUACUCGCACAAAUGACUGCGUCGGGGCUGCAGAUCGUGUUCACUUUGGACGAGGUGUCGUUUAUUCAGAAUCUGGUGUUUUACAUCGAGUCCGCAUACUGCAUACCGGACUAUGGAAUAUGGGAACGAGGUGAUAAAACAAAUCAUGGUCAGCCAGAGUUGAAUGCGAGUUCAAUUGGAAUGGCAAAAGCAGCACUAGAAGCUAUGAAUGAGCUCGAUCUGUUUGGCGCUCGGGGUGGCCCCGCUAGUGUUAUACACGUACUAGCUGACGAAGCACAUAAAUGUCAAGCUGUGCUACAAUCUAUGUUGCCGAGAGAAUCAAACAGCAAAGAAUUGGAUGCAGGUCUGCUGUCAGUGAUUGGUUUUCCAGCUUUUGCUGUUGAUGAUCCCCAGCUAAUCAUGAACACUCGUGAUGCAAUCAUAAGCCGACUACUUGGCAAUUAUGGUUGUAAGCGGUUUCUCCGAGACGGCUAUAGAACGCCUCGUGAGGACCCGACCAGAUUAUAUUAUGAAAGAUGGGAGUUGCGAAUGUUUGAAAAUAUUGAGUGUGAAUGGCCGCUAUUUUAUACGUACUUAAUUUUAUUCAGUUUAUUUCAAAAUGACAAGGCAGCAGUAGCAGAUUAUUCGUCGAAGUUGGAGAGUGUACUUGUACGCGGGGAGGAUGGUAUAUCUCUAGUACCAGAAAGUUAUGCUGUGCCAAAUAACGCUGUGUCGGCAGAAUAUGAAAAGCCGGGAUCUCAGCGCCGUGAAGUGGUGGGUCGGUGUCCAUUCCUGUGGGGACAAUCUUUAUAUAUACUAGGCAAAUUGUUACAAGAGGGUUUUCUUGCUGUCGGUGAACUAGAUCCGCUUAAUCGUCGAUUGGGCGCACAAAAGAAACCAGACGUUGUUGUACAAGUUGUGAUAAUUGCUGAAGACAAUGAAAUUCGUGAUAAAUUAGCUGAACAUGACUUACAUGUGCAAACAGUAGCUGAUGUGGCCCCAAUUGAAGUUCAGCCAGCGCGUGUAUUGAGUCAUUUAUAUACUUAUUUGGGAAGAAAUCGGAAGCUUGGCUUAACUGGUAGGAAGUCACGUGAUGUCGGUAUAUUGAGUACGAGUAAAUUGUAUUCAUUAAAAGAUCGAAUAUUUGUAUUCACUCCUCAGAACUUUGACUACGAAGAAUACUAUACAACACGUGAUCCUGAUUUGUUAGCGAGCAAUUUCACAACUAAUUUAGCGUUUCUAACUAAUAACUGGAGACACAUGUUAGGCCGUCCAACCAUAACAUUAAUGGCAACACAUUAUAUGUUAGAUCAAAACAGAGUGCCACUGGCCAUGGUACAAACGAUGCGGAAAUUGAAAUCCGGAUAUAUUAACGGAACUCGUGUUAUGCUUGGGAAUUUAGGAGACUUCCUAAAUACUUCUGCUAUAACAGAUUUGAGUUUCCUGGGGAGUCAAGAAGACGGCUAUCCAGACCGUUUGAAUCCCGACGUGCAAAUAUAUUUAGAAGAGCACUUAUUGCGAUCAUUUAGCCAUAAGAAUAUUUUGAAUUUACGAACAGCAGGUCUAAGGCCAAGGCAAUUAAGGCGUCGCAUGUCUUGCAAAGGAGCUAUUAAAAAGACAAGAUCAAUCAAUAUUGACCCUGAAGCCGAACCUUUGGUGCUUGAGGGUAGAUUCGAUGAAAGACGACUGUCAUCGGUCAUUCCUCCUCCGUGGUUGCAACCGAAUCAGUCAGCAUUAGAUAAUACGUUCACCAUGAACGCUUCGCCGACAGAUGAUAAUCUUGGCAGCCAGUCGCCAACAGAAGAAAUAACCAUGCCUGUGCCAAUGAGACAUCUACAUCAAGCACCAACUGAUAUACCAAAAAUAUUAAUUCAAAGACAUCGUCCUGAUUCAAACUUUGCGGAAGCAGAAGUGGAAGAGCUCAUUGCCAUGUUGCGUGAAACAGAAAAUUUGGAGGAGCAAGGCGAUAUUUUGCAGUAUUUGGUGGACACACAAGGUCUUGAUUUCAACACAGCUGCAGUUGGAACUAAAAACAAAUCCAAGGAAAUCGCAUUGUCAGGCAAUGAUGAUGCUAAACCCAAGCAAGAGGAUAAAGAUAAAGUAAAUGACAGUAGUUCUUCUCAAUCUGAAGGAAUGCUCGAUGAAGGUCGUGUGGUUACAGUAAGAACCCUUCUUAAGGGCCUUUAUGAGAAAGCAUGUCAACAAAAACUAUGGGGUCUGGUACGUCAUACCGCUGGCAUGUUAGGCAAGCGUGUGGAGGAUUUGGCGAAAGCUAUCACAGAUUUGUUGGUUAGACAAAAACAGGUGACAGUUGGCAUGCCACCGAAUAACGAGUUUACGAUUACGGCACCAUUGCCAGAAGCCGAUCUGCGACAAGUUAUACACGAGGCUUACGGUGACGAUGAGAGUACAGCAAUGUUAACACAAGAACUAAUGGUGUACUUGGCCAUGUUCAUUCGAACUGAACCGCAACUCUUUCACGAAAUGUUACGUCUCCGUGUUGGCUUAAUCAUCCAAGUUAUGGCCAAAGAGCUGUCAAGAACUCUGAACUGCGAUGGAGAACAAGCUUCUGAGCAUCUAUUAAACUUGUCGCCAUUCGAAAUGAAAAAUCUUUUGUAUCAUAUUUUGAGUGGCAAGGAGUUUGCCGUUAGUAGUGUGGCUCGCGGAAAUUUCUCAAUUAUAAGUUGCAAAUCCAGUCGAGUCAGCAAAAAGAGUCAAAUUGGUUUGGGUGAUCCGGAUAAAGAUGCUAUUCCUACCACUGAUGAUAGACAAGGCCAAUGGAUUCGUCGCAGACGUUUGGACGGUGCUUUGAAUCGUGUACCACGCGAUUUCUACUCACGUGUCUGGACGGUUUUAGAAAGGUGCCAAGGACUUGCUAUCGAAGGUCGUGUUUUACCUCAGAGUCUGACUCAAGAAAUGACACCGGGUGAAUUGAAGUUCGCUCUUGAAGUGGAAACUGCUCUCAAUACAAUCCCACAGCCCGAAUAUCGACAAUUAGUUGUAGAAGCGUUGAUGGUAUUGACGCUUAUAACAGAACACAAUAUGGUCCCAUGGUUAGGUGAAAUAAUCUACGUUGAACAUUUAGUUCAUAAGGCCAAUCAACUUUUCUUGGAGGACCAACGUAAGGUCCAGGGAGAUGCCACCCUCUGUUGUGCCAAAUCAAAAGAUGGAAAAGACACCACGCCGUCCGGUAUGUUGUUGUGUGGCGGUGCUGCGUACAUUUGCCAACAUUUAUAUGACAGUGCUCCAAGCGGUAGUUUUGGAACCAUGACGUACAUGGCACGGGCUGUUGCUAUGGUCCUCGAUUGUGUACCGAAGCAAGGCGAGAUGGAUUGUUCAAUUAGUUAGACAUUUUUGAACAUGCACAAUUUUUCUCUGUUAUUGCGUUUGGAAAUAUUGUAGUUGCAAUACUUUUUGGUUCUCUAAUAUUUACACUAUGAAAGGCAAGUAUCUCUAAUCAACUAGCUGACAGUAUGAUCUAAUAAUUUAUAAAAGAAAUGAAUUAUUCUGUUCCUAUUUAAAAAUGGUAUAAUUGGUUUUCAAUAUAGUUAUAAAUAUACAAUUCAGAAAUAUAA